ACAGCGCUCUCCCGGCGGCAGGCGUAAAGCGCGAGCUUGCGCGGGACAGACGUGGGAAACGACGCCGGACGAGGCAGCCAGGACGCCUGUCGCCGCGACUGAGGCCCUCGGGGCAGCCACAAGUGAAGCAAUGGCAGCCAAUGUCCAGGUGCUGCGCAACCCCGCCGUGAGCGCCGCCGCUUCGAGACCGGGCGUCUGCUGCGUCUCGAUCAUCGACCACGAGGGCAAACGAUUAGUAGCAACCGGUUCCAGUGAUGGCCAAAUCAUGGUCGUGGACGGGGCGCCGCGACCCGCCUCGCGCAUGCGGAAUAAAAGGAGACCGAAGACCGCAGCUACCGCUCGUACAAGGCUCUUCAAGGGCAUCCACCGCAAGACCAUCACGGGUAUAGCCUUUCAUCGAUCGGAAGACUUAGUGGUAGUGAGCUGUAGCAACGACUCGACGUGCGAAGUGUAUGAUGUGUUUGAUGGCGAGGAGGUGGCGAACAUGACGUACCACGCCGGGUGUGUGAACUGCCUCGAGGUCUCAGUUAUUUCUUCAGAAGAAUUGGUGGGCGAGGCGGGCGGGCCGGACGUGUUACUGACUGGGGGAGCCGACGGAACGGCCAAGCUCUGGGGUCUCGGCGAGGACAACCUGUGUUUGCGUUCGUAUGAAGGCCAUCGUGGUGGUGUUUGUGGGGUGUGCGUUGGUGGUUGUCAAGGGAGGGACUUUGUGGUGACCUGCUCGUUGGAUAAAAAAGUAAGGGUCUUCUCGGCUCUGUCAGAAGAAAUAAUAUACGACCUGCCGGGCGCGUCGUGCUGCGUCUACGCGCCGACGUUGAGAAACGGCUUCCGGCCCGUUUUAUUAACGGGAGGUUCUGAUGGUGCAAAAGCCUACAGCGUACCUGAUCAUUGUGAUGACAAGGAGGCCUGGGCUCUGUCGGACCAGACGGACGCCUUCCACCCUCGGUUAUUGAGGCACUUCGCUCUGACAUCGAGAGUGGAGGUCAUCCGCCAAUGUACUUUAUUUGAUGAGAGACGCGUGGUGUUAACGGCCUCGAAAAAAUUAGUGGAGCUCUGGACGCCGCGCCUAGAACCGGGUGGCAUCCGGGAGCCUUUGGUCAUGGAUUUGCUGUACACGUUCCAGGCCUCCGGGCCCGUCCGCGACGCGAAUUUACGGCCCCACGCGUUCCUCAAGGCGGAUACCGCGUUUACGGAACCUGUUGUGUCUUCUAGAAGAGAUUUGACGCUAGACGUGACGGUCUAUUUGGUAUGUUGCCGCGACCUGAAGCAGAUCGACCCCGCGAAAUUGCUAGAGCCCUAUGUGGUCGCGAAAUCUUGCAGGUCGGACGCCAAGCCCGUGGAAAUCGUGCGGACGAAGAAUGUGAGAGGUGCGGAUUGUGAGUUUUCCCAGAAAGACGAAGAUUUCCGGUUUACUGUGAAAAUUCCAGUCUACGACGAGGGCUAUGAAUUGGUCUGUGCGAUCUACGACUUCAACCGCGCGAAAAACAAACAUUUCGCGUGCGGGGCGGCGAAGUUCUCCGCGAAGGAUUUGUUACAUGGCUCAGAGGAACUGACGGAGCACCUCCAACCGGCGACCUCGAAACAACUAACGGCUCAUGGGUCACUCACAAUAAAAUUGGACCGCGGCGACGGCGCCGUGCCGUUCUGUGCUUGUGAGUUGGUUGCUUGUACCUUACAAGGCCAUGUCGAUCAUGCUUUGUUGUACGGGUUCGAAGAGAUACCGCCACCGCCGCCGGUCACUCCGCCGGGGCAAGAAAUUGUACUGGAGACGGCUAUCGUGCAGUUCAACUACGCUCCUCAAUCUUCCGACGAGAUAGGUUUGACUUAUCGUGAGAACGUGCAAGUACUCAAGAAGGGGAAGGAUGGGUGGUGGUACGGGCGCCGGACGGCCUGGAACGCGCGUCGUGAUAACUGCUGGGACGAGGAGGGUUGGUUUCCUUCCGCUUACGUUGAUGGUGAUUUAUAUGCACAGAAGAAUCCCUCAAAUAGAUGGACCGGUGGGAAAGCGGGGGAGGACGACUGGGAGACGGUGCACACUUCUUCGUCGGACGACUCGGCGAGCGAGGACGAGGCGCCUUCCCGAAUUGUGUAAGCUCUAUUUGUUGUUGAUCGUGUGUGUGUUAGUCUUACAGGCCGCCCACGCGUGAUUUCCUAAGCGCGGGAGCCCUGGAGCUAUGAGUAGGAAUGGGCGGGUUUUUCCCCGAUUUGCGAGCGCAUUUUUCACCGACUCAGGCUCUAAACCAUGAAACUCAUCGUCGCUCUUGCACUGUCUGUCAACGCGUUCACGCCGUCGGCGCCUGGCGGCGCAAAACCGGCGUGAAAAGUCAUAAUUUCCGUCAUCGGCCGCCAAGCCGAUCCUACAGCGACGCGCGCGAGCCCGGCGCGGGCGCAUCGUAUCGUUGGACUCACGCAGGCGCCCGCGGCGCGGCGCUCCGGGCCGACCGCGUUUUCUCGGCCGCCGAGGCGAAGGGCGGCGCGGCCAUCGACGCUGCCAAGACGGCGCUGCUCCUCGUCGAGUACCAGAACGAAUUUACGACCGAGGGCGGCAAGCUCCACGACGCCGUGAAGGAAUCGAUGGCGGCCACGGGUAUGCUCGAGCGCUCGGCCAAGCUCGCCGACGAGGCCCGGAACAAGGGCGUGACCAUUAUUCAUGCUCCCAUCACCUUCAAGGAGGACGCUUCGGAUAAUCCGAACAAAGGCCUCGGCAUCCUCGCCGGCUGCGCGGCGGACCGUCUGUUCACGGAAGGCACCUGGAACGCCGAUUUCGAGGAGUCGAUGAUCCCCCAGGCCGGUGACCUCGUCGUGGAGGGCAAGAAGGGCCUCGACGCGUUCCCGGGCACCAAUCUGGAGGCGCUCCUCAAGGAGAACGGCAUCGAGACGCUUGCGUUAUGCGGUUUCCUGACGAACUGCUGCGUCGAGUCUUCGAUGAGAACGGCCUACGAGAAGGGCUUCAACACCGUUACGCUCACGGAUUGUUGCGCGACGACGAGCGCCGAGGGCCAGGCGGGGGCGACGGGUGGCACCUUCGGGAUGUUUUCUGACCCCAUGACGGCCGACGACUUCGUCGCCAAGCUCUAG